GUUAGAUUUUACGCAGGAAGAAUGCAUAGAAUGAUUCGCGCCAGUGGGAUAUUGUUCCAGGUUUCCUCAAACUCACGUCAUUAUUUCGAACAUGUGUAUUUGACGUAAAUGUUCAAAACAAUGUAUUACACAAAAGAGAGAUUUCUGGCUAUUUGAGGUUCCGCUUUGAUAAAUUUCGCGGAAAAUUUAAUAGGCAAAUAACAUAAGCACAACAAACAUGGCGGACACUGUGAAUGGUGUUUUGGAAAUGACUAGUGCACAUGUAUUGGGCCAGGAUACCUUGAUUGUAGCAGCUGACGGUAUACAAAACUCGGAAAAUGAUGUUACAGAUGAAGAUAUAUUACAACAAGCAUUAGAUGAAGCAUCAGACAAUUUAGUGACCACUAAUUUAACACAAAGCGACGAAGCUGUUGCCGUAAACUUGGCCGACACUGUUGCAGAUGGGACAUUCGAUACAACAGAAACACACGGUGUUCCGACUGAAGUGACUUUUGAUAAUGUGACGUAUUCUGUAGUCAGUGAUGGUGAUAAUGUAGCAUAUGCAACUACAUCAGGGGCGGCGUUGGAACCACCAGACACUUUAUCGGAAGAUGGACCCCUUCACACGAGUAUCAGUACGAUAGAGGAGGGGGAGGAGGAUGGUGAACUGGGGGACACUGUGACCACAAGUUCGGGUGUAUCUGUGAGACUUGUACCUGUGAAUCAAGCCAGUGGGGCGCCUCUGGGAUCUAGUCAAAACCCCAUUCGUAUUAUACAGCAAGGUAACCAGUAUACACCUGUACAACACCUCACUACUGAACAGCUUCAACAGAUCAUGCAAGUAGUGCAAGAACAACAGGUAGCUAAAAGCACGGCACAGGAAGGCUCCAGUAUUCUUUACAACCCUCAGACAAACACACGCAUUGUGUACAGAGUUAUCUAUCCCUCAGAACUCCACAAGUCUGGUGCCAGUGGUACUCCCAUCACUCUUCAAUCACAGGGACAACAAACUGUGUUGCUAAGUCAAAGUAGUCGAAGACCAUACAAAAAACGCAAAUUAGAAGAAGAUCUAGAUAAACAAGAUGGACCUGAUUUAUCGAAAGAGGAAAAAGAACUUAGGAAAAAACACAGACCACGCACAAGAUCGGGUAGAAUUUCUAAACCACCCAAGCAUAUGGUUAAAGACUAUAAACAUAUUCAUGUUUUAGACUGGGAUGAGGACUAUGAUGAUUCUGAUGGCGGUUACUCAGACUUUAAAUACAGUGAAGAUGAACGAGAAGAGAGGGAGGGAUCUGAAUCACUUGGCAUGGAGACAGGCGUUGGACAUCCUCGCCCAAAGAACUGGAAGUGUGAGACCUGUCACAAAUCAUACAUUGGACGUGGUGGACUGGGCCGUCACUACCGCCUCAACCCAGAACAUGGUUCUGUUGAUGACCUGCCUGAGGAAACCCUCCAUACAUUUGGUAGGUCUUCCCAUAAUGGUCUAAGUAACAGUACGGGUAACUUAUCAGAGGACAGCAAUACUCAGGACUCUAUCUCUGGAACCCCCUCAGUUGGAACGCCAAACAAGAUGUUUCAUCACAGAGGAGGAUACCGGGGACGUAACUUUGAAAAUCCACUCAAGCGGAAAAACAAACUGCGAGAUUUGAUUCGGCAGUGUGAGGAUGAGGAAUUAAUGGAAGUAGUCUUACCUCGCCUCGCCCAGGUUAUUACACUUUGGGAGUUCCUCUUGAUGAAGGUGGAGAAGGGAAAACCAUCCCUCCCCCAUGUCGACGACAUCUACCAUGAAUUUGAGGCACUUUCCAAACAAGUUCAGAAAUUCUGCAAAACCUAUCUGAAGCCCUUAGCAAACCCAGAAAAUAACGUCAGUAAUGUUAAAAAAUUAAAGGUGGAGAACAAGUGUAUGGCGGAGGUGCUAGACUUAGAGUUAGAUACAUAUGAGGUUAAGGAGAUUCCGGCCAGUGAAUUAUCAACAUUCCAAUAUAGAAAAAUAUCUAGUGAUCCAACAGGUAUAGACACCAGCAUUAAACCUCGUGUGAAACGUGUUGAAUAUGUCACCCAGCGACAGCUGCUUUCCAAAAUGGCUGCUGGAAAGCAACUGACAAGAACAACAUUAAGCAAUUCGGGUGGAAAUAAUUUUGUGUUAGCAACAGGACGACCAGUUAUCAUGGAAGCAAGUAAUGGUAAAAUGUCUUCCUCUUCAACUACAACAAUGCUUGACAAUCAAAAGUUUGGUAAAAUAGACAGUAUCGUUCAAUCAGUCAGUCCAGUUUCCUCAACACAUCCGCGAUUUGUGACAGUGUCUGCGGCACCUAGUCAUGGUAACACAGUGCUGCCAUCUUCAGGUAUGAAUAGUCUAGCACAGGGGGUCGGCAAACAGUCCAGUAAUACUCCAGUGGUAAUACAGACAGUCGAGUCCAAGCCGGGCAUUAAACCAAGUGUUGUGGGUGGUAUUAGUUUACUACCACCAAACCUUGCCUCUUUGGCAAAUGCUCAAAAGGUGUCAUCAUCAAAACCAGCAGUUGUGAGUGUGAUGUCUAAUGUUAUUCAGUCUUCACCAGCUAACACAAUAGUGAUUCAAUCAAUCCCUAAUCAAUCUCCUUCAAAUUCAGUUGUAGAAAACUUGUUGGAAACAACUGGAUCUGUGAACACAUCCACAGUUAACAGUCACCAAAACAUUGUUACCUCUUUGACUGAUCCACUAGCCACUGUACCGCUGUCUGCUGUAGAGGGUCUAGUGAUUGAGGAGUCCCCCAUGCAGUUGUCAAACCUGCCCCUGGCCACUAAUGGGGAGAAAGACACAGCUAUCUCUGUGGUCGUAGAUGAGGAAGAGCAAGAGAGCUCUCCUCAAGAGGACGUACAAAAGUCCCUAGAUACUGCUUCAGGUGCAAUUCUGUCUAAAAAUGAGGUGGAAAGUCUUGACAAUAUUAUGGACACAAGUGAUACCAUUGUGGAAGCUACGGGAGAAUUUGAGGCAGGGGAGAUGGUGCAAUUAGUACAGGACCAGAUUCUAGAGGAGGAAAGUGUUGAGGGCAUACAGGUGCCAUCUGAUCACAUUAUCACUGCCUCCAAUAUCUACCAAACUGCAGAUGGAAUCAUCAUCAUACAGAACCAAGAUGGGAGCACAGUGCAACUCCAGGGUGGUGAUGGAGAACCGAUCCCAUUGGAGACCGUACAGGCACUCCUUGCCAUGGAUGGACAGCUAUUACAGACAACCAUGGAAGAAGGGGAGCAACUCCAGCUUGACCAGUGAUUAUAAUCAUUGAAGUAGUUAACAGCUUUAGACAACUUUGAAGAACAUCUAGAGAAAUCAUAAUCACUACCGCUUAAAUUCAUUGCUGAACUAUUUGGCUAAUGUGUUAACAAGUAGUGAGUCUGGUAAAGGUAAUUUCAUCCAUUCCACCAUUGGUAAGCUGACUUUUCAUUCAGAAUAAAUAUGGUAAGUACUUUGUACAUUAACAAGAGCACACUCACUGUUCAGACUCAACAAAACAUCUUCCAAUUUGCUCAUUUCAAAAUUACAUCAAAAAUAGGAUUUGUUAAUUAAUAGGAAAUAAAAUAUGUUAUUAGAAGAAAUAUCAAAGACAUCUAAAGUUUUAGCUGAUAAGGUAUUGAAAAUCUUGGUCAACUUUUAUGAUAGGACUAAUAGGAAUUCCUUAGAAAUGGCUACUGGAGUGAUUGCUAUUGGACAGUCCAUUUUUGAUCCUACAAUUUUGCUGAGAAAUCUAGAAUGCACCAGAAGACAAGUGAUAAGAGAAGACCAGACUAGAUAAAAGAUUUGGAAGAGGGGAUGAUUUUGAACCUUCCCCAUUGGACUUGUAGAAGUGCCGCAUAGAUUAAACCUGCAUCAGUAAUGAAGCUUGAGUUACUCUACUGAACACUUGUGUGAAUACUGACUGACCUACAUUUCAAGCCUCAGUGACUUAGUUCAAUAUCACGUUGAUAAGUUUGUAUCUCUGUCUGGCUAUUGGUGGUCUUUAUGGAAUCCCAUUAAUAUAUUAGUUUACAGUUACCAGGAACAUGUUUUUAUAAAUGUUUACAGCAAGAAGUCUUAACUGAAUUCAAAUUCAGAUCCUUCAGACAUGGUUGAAAUCUUGCAAAGGUGACAAAUGACUUACUGUUAUCAGACACUUGAAUUGAUUACUUGUGUGUGACGGUGUAUGUGCUAGUGUGUAAAAGUAUGUAAUUGACUAUGCUCGUGUGUGUGUGUGCGUGCAUGUGUGUGUGUGGAUGUAUAACAAGUUCGAAGACACUGUGAUGUUUUGAAUGAAAGGUUUAGGUAUGAUUUAUAGAAUUAUUUUAUAGCGUUACAUUGAUAUUGUACAGUGUUUAGAUAAGAUAGACUGUUGUAUGAUGCUGAACUGAAGAAACAGUCAAGUGUACCAAAUUGAUCAUUACAUUAUUUUGGCACAUUUUGCUAUAUGACAAUAAGUAAAUAGUGUUGGUACAGUUUCUUUAAGAAUUUUAUUAUUGGAAAUGAUAUUUAUAAAUGAAAAUAAUUUAUAAGCAAUGUAUAUAAAUUCCAUGCUCCAAGCUGGUGCCAAAAGUGCUAAACCAUUAUUAGUGUUACAACAAAUGUGCUAACAGAGGAGCUGACAUUGUGUUCUAAUUGGACACCAUCCCUGGUGACAUACCAGAUUAUCCACGGUGGUUGUCCUAUGUCAUCAAUGGCUGAGGUGGAGCUAACCUUGCUAUAACAUAGCAAUAUUAUGGCUCUAGUUGUAUUAUACAUUUUGUUUAUUGUCAGUUGUAUCAGAAAAAAUAUUUAUUGGCUAACAGGUGAAAAGCAAGAUUAGUCUUGUACCAGGAAAUAUUGAAAGAUACUGAGAAUUCUUUUCGAAGAGCAGCUAUAGAAAUUUUAAUGAAUAUCUUAAUCUUUUUGCAUUGACAGUUAAAUGUAUUAAAUUCUUACUAUAUGGAAA